AUGGCGUCCAGUCAGGAAGCGCAGACGCUACUUAGCGUGAUGCACCAUGGUCAGUGGAGCUUCCAGCUAGUCUGCCCACUUCUGAUUGAUGCUGACCAGUGCUGCUCUGAAACGCAUUCCAGAGCGACAAGAACCGGGAUCUAUGCUGUGCGCACAGCAUGCUCUGAAUGCGCUACUUCAGGGUCCUUACUUUGAUCCUUCUCAGCUGGCAGGUGUGUUCAGGCUUCGUGCACUCUUAGGCGGAGACCGCGCUUUGCUGGCUGACUGUCUUGCCGUUCGUCUCAACCACAGAGAUCGCCGCGCAGAUGGAUGAGCUAGAACGAGCGCACCUAGACUCCCAGGCGUGGUCGUCGCGGGGCAGAGAUGAAGGCAGCCUCAAUGUUGAUGCUACGGGUCAGUACCAGAAAGGGGACAAAAGAUAGGUAUUGCUAGCUGAUCGCACCAUGCCAACUGCUCAAAUCAACCUCGCACAUCCUCACUCUUGUCGCAGGCUUCUUCAGCGCCACUGUAUUGGAGAACGCGCUGUCUGUAUGGGGCUUACAGCUCGUGCGCUGGCGAUCUCAAGCGAUGAGCGCUUUCCAAAGCCAGCCUGAGAAGCAGCUCGCUUUCAUUCUCAAUCUGGAACAGCAUUGGUUUUGUCUACGUCGCUUCGGACCGGGCUGGUGGUAAGUCCUUCUUGAGAAUGCCGCUCCCUACCGCCACUGCAGUGGCUGAAGUGGACAUUCGACGUCGCGUCUCUGUUAGGUUCAAUCUCAAUUCUUGCAUAGAUGCGCCAGCGUGGGUAGGCCCGUCAUAUUUGGGGGCACUGCUCGACCAAGCGGAGUCUGAGGGUGAGCCUUGACCUGGGAUGGAUAACCCCUCUCAAAUCACGUUGCUCAUACUACUUCUCGCUUGCUUGCCUGCACAGGCUAUUCCGUCUUCGCCAUCGUCGCUGCGGAGGAUGCUGUGGGGGUGCCACUGUCUACAAGUCCAGCGGACGAGGUUGCGCAGACACUUCCCAGCGCUGAUGUAGUGCUCGCUUCAAACGCCAGUUCCCCUUCAGCCAUCACCAAACAAGCGCAGGGUCUCCGGCCUAACAGUGAAGGCGGUCCGUCCGUAAGCUCAGCUUCACGCGAUACUUUCGAAGAGGAUGCUGAGCUUCAAGCAGCCCUGCGCGCAAGCAUGCUUGACGCGAGCGAGGGUGAUGGCCCGGCAAGUGUAUCAGUGGAUACUGCAUCUACCAGUCAAUCUCCGGCAGCGCCAAGGGGCACACGGCGCAACCGGAGUAUCAACAGCGCGAGUGAAGAAGAAGGUGGCGUCUCGCAAGAUGAGACGGACGAGCACGUCGACGAGAUCGCACCGUCGAGAAGACGUUUCCGAGCGGACGACACUUUGCGGAGUUCGUCGAGCACUCUUCUUGCCCCAACGGACUCUGCUGCCCGGCCCAGCACCAGCAACCGCCGACCCUCUCGAGCCGAUCAAAAGGACAAGGCGGCUCGCCAAGGCGAAACAAGCCGUGCUGCGAUCGAUCACGACGAGCAAGAGCUUAUGAGAGCUAUGGAAGCAAGCUUGGGCGCGAUGACAGGCAACCAGCAAACAGUCGCCCAGAACUUCACUUCAUCCUCCACAGGCACCUCUGCUUCGGCAUCUCGACCCACGCGUGCAAUCGACAUCGGUGGUGCAGGUGUUCGCGGCAAUGGUGGACGGCGACGAAGAGCGCGCGGAGGUGGCGGUAGAGAGGACCCUAUAGCGAUCGGCUCAGAUGGAGAGGAGGAUGAGGAAGAAGUGAUCAUUUCUCGGUCUAAUCCCAGAUCUCCAUUCUUGGAUCCUCUGCUAGCAGCCGCAUCUCGAGAUGACGAGGAUGUAGCUGACCUCGACGAUGAUGAGGACGAGGGAGAUGAUGAUGCAGGGCCGCUUUCUAAUCCGGAACGAAGGCAACUUGGGGUCGGUGAGGAGGAGGAUGACGAGGAUGCAUUUCAUAGUCUGUCGGAGGGAAGUGAAGGAUUUGAAGAAGUAUCAGCUUCCGCCUGGGCUCGUGCACGGCCUGCUGGUCCCAGCACGAAUAGAACCUACGAUGAUGAAGAUGCGGAUCUGCAACGAGCACUGGCCGCCUCGAUGCGCGACGUCGAAGGUGGGGGUGAUGAUGUGGACUGGUCAGCUUUCGAAUGGCAAGACGAUGGAGGUGUCUCGACGAGGAGGCAAGAAAGACCCAGUACGCCUGAAGAUGUCGGACGCAUCAGAAGGUUGCGCGAGGAGGCGAAGAAGAAGGCCGAGGAGGAGAAAGAGGACGAGGAGAGGAGACAAAGGGGCGAGGCGACCAGGGCUGAGCUGGCUGAGAGAGCUGCCAAAGAGGCACUCGAGGGCGCCAAAGGUGGCAAGGAAGAUGAUGAUUCUGAGGAGGAGGAAGAGCAAUUGAGCCCUCAGGAAAUGAGGGCGAGAAGGAUGGCUCGCUUCGGCGGGCCGUAG